AACUGUAACAUUAGUCACAACACAAGUUGCGUUCGAGUUGCCCAUCGAAAAAUAACAUUACAAAAUUGGCAAAAGACGAUGCCCAGCCUGAAUUGGUUUAGUUUAAAUCGUGUGGAUGGUGGACCGUCAUACUUUGGCAAUGCAAACAGACUAUCGGCUUCCUUGUAUUGGAACGAUUGGCUAUUCGGCGUGGUCAUAACGGCAGCAGCUUUCAUAACAGUACUACUCCUUCUUUCUCCCAUUUACAAACACCAAUGGAGAACCAUUGGUCUGGUAACAACAAGUAUCCUCAUGGGAGGUGCCUUCCUUCUUUCUCUAGUAAUGCCUUGGUGGCAAUGUGGUGGGCCAGUGUCCAUUCGAGCACCAAUUCGAGUCCAGGAUACAGAGCUCAUGAACUUAACUCUUGAGGUUCACAUCGGGCUUAACUAUGUCAACAUCACACUGUUACUGGAUCCCUUGCAGGGUGGUUCUGCUCAGAAUAACGACAUCGUUCUACCACGUCUUCUACCGCGAGAUUCACUACAACAGUUAACUGGAUCCUAUGCGAAACUGAGCGAUAUGGAAAGGAUCAAAUUUAACGAGCGGAUUGAACUCAAAACGGCCGAAGAGAUGCGAGAACAGUUCAGAGCAGCCCUAGAACGUGGAUUGCCCGUCCCGAUAUUGACAGUCGUCAACUAUCUGAGUCACCAAGAAGAAGGUUUCCGCUGGUCGGUUGAUUUCCGCCUCGCUGGAUUCUUUUGCCAAUUCACAUUGACUUUAACACUCAUCUCCUGGGCCUGGAUGAACAUCUUUUUUCUGGUCAUUCCGCAGCACGGAGCUAUCGCCAUGAUAACAACCGGUUUGCUGGCUCUUCUCUCCGUCUUCCUCUACUGGAUUUUACUGCCAACCUUGGAUCUAGUCAUCAACAUCAACGGAAGCAUUCUCCAAUUCAGACUAGACGGCUGUUACUGGACGGUGUUUGGCACUGGUCUUUUUGCCCUGUUGAUAGGCAGCUUCUUGCUGAUUCUAGAGAUUCGCCAACCUGGUACUGUUGUAUUCGACCUGGAAAUCGACUCUGAAUUCAAGGCCAAAUUAAUAAACAAAGUGGUAGAGAAACGCUCAAUCAAAUUACAGCCAUCCAUGCCAUUAAGUCCACACAAGCCAAGCUUGAAAUCAAAGCUGUCCGUUAUCGAUGCCACAGUGGAAAGCUACGUCCAAUCGAGCGUCACAACAUCGGAUACCAAACUGGAUUCAGGAUUUGGCAUUUCGUCGGACUCGAUUUCUAAUUUCGACACUCAAUUUCAGAUGAAUUCUGCAUCCGAUCUUGAACAGAUAGCCACUAUGGAUGGAUCUUACUUCAAGUCGUCCGUCACAAAUCUGAUACAAGCGGAGGAUGCCCCUAAGAUCUACAGCUACACGUUCCGGCACGGAAGGGAGUUGCCCAGCUUCCACGAGAGCACAAUAUCGCUGCACAGCGAGACUGCGCCACGUUAUUUAGACAGUAUCGUCGAGGAGGAUAUCGUUGUUCACAACUCGGCAAAUUCCCCUCCAAAAACAAUUUUGAUCAAUUCGGGUGAAGGAACGCAACGCAAUUCCGAAUCCUCGUCAGACUUGGAAAAGGAAGAAUGGCAAGAUCCUGUUGAAAAUGGCGAGACGGAACGUUUCCAUGUGGAUUCUGAUGGACACAAUGAUACGUUUUGUUCUACGAUCAGUUCAGCUACGGAUCCCUCCCCAAGACGUCGUUCGCAACGCGCUAUGUCGAUUGGGUCCCAUCGAGACAUUUUCGGACACACACCCAAAGAGCUAAUUUAAGGUAUACAACGAUACUACUUCCUUUUGUAAAAUAUAGAGCUCUCCUUAUCGAAAAUGUUGUAAGAG